AUGAGGUGGAGAUCAGUGGGGCUGUGUUUCCUUGCUUUGACUGUAGUCCAUGUCAUUGAGGUUCAAGCCAAACUGGUCCACAACCAUGUGAACAGCAUCUGUAGUACAUGGGGCAGGGAGCACUUCAAGACGUUAGAUGGUCAUGUGUACAAGUUUCCUGGAAUGUGUGAAUACAACCUGCUCUCCGACUGCCACGAUUCUUUCCCGGAGUUUUCGGUGCACAUGAAGAGGAAGGAAAAUGAUGGAAGCCCUACAGUCAGUUAUGUGGUGGUCACCAUCAGUGAUCUUGCAUUCCAUCUUAGCAGAGAUGCGGUCACUGUGAAUGGCCAGCCUGUCAAAAUUCCACACUACCAGGCCGGAAUACGUGAAAGAAGUGCAGUUUACAUCAAGCUCCACUCCAAAGUUGGCAUCAUUGUCAUGUGGAACUUAGAUGAUGCAGUCAUGGUGGAAAUUGAUAAUGAAUACACUAACCGCACUUGUGGACUUUGUGGAGAUUUCAAUGGUGUUCGAUUCAAUGAGUUCAUUUAUAAUGGUCGUAGUAUCAGCCCAAUUGAAUUUGGCAACAUGCAUAAAGUCCAUCGUCCAAAUGAUGUUUGUGAGGACCCUUAUGAAGAGGAAGCUGAAUCACAGGAAGCUAUGAAUGUGGCAGAGGCAUGCAAGGAGUUUCACAACACCUGUGAAAAGAUGCUGCGUGCAGAAACCUGGAGCUCCUGCACCAAACUGAUUAACCCUGAGUCUUACAUUCAGGCCUGUGUACAGGACAUGUGUGGCUGUACCAACCAUACAAAUGACUUUUGCGUCUGCAGCACACUCGCUGAGUUCUCUCGCCAGUGCUCCCAUGCGGGAGGGGAACCUCCCAACUGGAGGACUCCUGAGUUCUGUGCCAAACAGUGCCCGUUCAACAUGGUUUAUGAAGAAAGUGGAACCCCUUGCAUGGAUACCUGCACACAUCUAGACACAAGCUCAUUGUGUGAGGACCACAAAAUGGAUGGAUGCUUCUGUCCUCCAGGAACUGUGUUUGAUGACAUUUCCAUGAGGGGGUGUAUUGCUCAGACUGAAUGCCAGUGCAAGCAUGGAAAAAUCUAUGACUCUGGUGAAGUUUACAGACAAGAGCGAGAGGAAUGCACAUGCUUUCAGGGUAGAUGGUCUUGUGAAAGUCUUUCAACACCCUUUACGUGUGCAGUUGAAGAGGGUUCACACAUAACCACCUUUGAUGGGAAAGACUUCACCUUCCAUGGAGACUGUUACUACACCUUGGCCAAGGUGGAAAGAAAGGAUGAUGCAAGCCCUAAGUUUACCAUCCUGGUCCAACUGGUACCAUGUGUACACCAAGAGUAUGACACUUGUCUGAAGACACUUAAAAUCCUGCUGAACAAUGACAGAAACAAUAUAUUAACUUUCACUUCUGAUGGCACAGUAAAGCAGAAUAUGCAGAGUAUCAGUUUGCCAUACUACUCAGCGGAUAUCAAUAUAUUCCAUGCUUCAUCCUUUCACAUCAUACUCCAGACAACAUUUGGUUUGCAAAUUCAGAUCCAGCAUGUGCAUCUGAUGCAAGUCUAUAUCAGCCUAGAGCAGAGCUACAGAGAAAAGACACGUGGUUUAUGUGGGAACUACAACAUGGUCCUGUCUGAUGACAUGAUGACUCGGCAAGGGAUUGUGGAGGGAAGUGCAGCAAUUUUUAGUAACUCCUGGAAGGCUAACCGUAUUUGCCAAGACAAAGAAGAAAGACUCAGUGACCCUUGUUCUCUCAGCAUGGAAAAUGAAUUGUAUGCCAAACACUGGUGCGCAUUGCUACAAAAUCCAAAUAAUACUUUUUCACAGUGCCAUUCUGUGGUGGAUCCUGAGCUGUACUAUAAGCGAUGUACUUAUGCUAGCUGUAACUGUGAGAAGACCGAGGACUGCCUGUGUGCUGUCCUCUCCUCCUACGCAAGAGCUUGUGCAUCGAGGGGAGUGUUCUUGACAGACUGGAGAGAGAAUGUGUGCGACAAAUACACAAAGAGCUGCCCAGCAUCUCAGACCUUCUCUUACAAACAUCAGAGAUGCCAGUUGACUUGCAGAUCACUGAGCUCAAAGCAGCAAAGCUGCACGUCUGACUUCUUGCCUGUGGACGGCUGUUCCUGCGCUGAAGGUCACUACCUAGACGACAAUGGCAUCUGUGUCCCCAUGGCAAAGUGUCCCUGUUACCAUAAUGAGGUCUACGUUAUGCCAGGGAAGUCCAUCAGCAUCAAUGACGAGCACUGCGUGUGCACCAACGGAGUUCUUCAUUGCCCAGUUUCUACUUCAGUUGCAGCAGCAUGCCCGUCUCCAAAAGAAUACUUCAACUGCUCAACUACAAGCGCAAGAAAUGCUGGACUGCAGUGUGCUCGAACUUGUUUAAAUCUGGAUGACGAUGAUUGUGACUCCACAGAGUGUGAAUCUGGCUGUCAGUGUCCCAGUGGCCUCCUCGAUGAUGGUGAAGGUUCAUGUGUGAAAGAAAGUGAAUGUCCAUGCAAACACAAUGGCCAUCUCUUUCCCUCUGGAACACAAAUCCCUAACCAGUGCAACACCUGUACCUGCAAAAGUGGAAAAUGGCAAUGCACAGACAGAAAAUGUCCAGGAACCUGCGUUAUUUAUGGAAGUGGUCACUACAGUACAUUUGAUCAGAAAACAUAUGCGUUUCAAGGACAUUGUGCCUAUAUUGCUGUAAAGAACAAAUGUGGCAAUAAAACAGUGCAGGACAACUUUGGAGUUAUCACUGAAAAUGUACCUUGUGGAUCUACAGGCACCACCUGCACCAAAAAAGUCAGAAUUCAACUGGGGCGAACGGAAAUCAAACUAUCAAAGGGAAAAUAUGAAGUGGAGAAUCUGGGACAUGGUCCUGAGAUUAGGUUCGCAGUAAGGAAGGUUGGCAUGUAUCUGGUUGUAGAAUCCGUCAUUGGUGUGGCUGUGAUGUGGGAUAAAAAAACAGCUGUUCGAAUCCUACUGGAACCACAGCACAGCGGAGAAGUGUGUGGCCUGUGUGGAAAUUUUGAUGGUGAUGCACAGAAUGACUUCACCACCCAGGGUCAGCUGGUGGUGAGCAGUCCACUUGAUUUUGCAAACAGCUGGAAAGUGUCCAGCACUUGCGCAGAUGCGGAAGAGAACAUUGACCCUUGUACAGUAACACCCCAUCGACAUCACUGGGCAAAAGUGAUGUGUUCCAUCAUAAUCGGAGAUACAUUUAAAGACUGCCGUGACAAGGUACCCCCCAAGCCAUUUUAUGAUAACUGCGUGAAAGACUCAUGUGCCUGCGACACUGGAGGAGACUGUGAAUGUUUCUGUACAGCGGUUGCAGCUUAUGCUCAGACUUGUAAUGAGGCUGGUGUUUGCGUUGCAUGGAGAUCUCCAGAGCUCUGUCCUGUCUUUUGUGAUUACUACAAUCACCAUAAUGAAUGCAUGUGGCAUUACCACCCAUGCCACAAAGUACCUACCUGUUUGUAUCCAAAUGGAAUACAUUUCAACGAAAUACCCAACCUGGAAGGCUGUUACCCUGAAUGCCCAGAGGAUCUGAUAUAUGAUGAGAUAACCGGGACGUGUGUGAAGAUAUGUGACAACACAACGACCACAACUACAACUACACCUACAACUACAACCACAACUCCUACUACAACAACUACAGCCACACCUACAACUACAACCACAACUCCUACUACAACAACUACAACCACACCUACAAUUACUACCACAACUCCUACUAUAACAACUACACCUACAACCACAACUCCUACUACAACCACACCUACAACUACUACCACAACUCCUACUACAACUCCUACAACCACACCCACAACUACAACCACAACUCCUACUACAACUACAACCACACCUACAACUACUACCACAAUUCCUACUACAACAACCACACCUACAACUACUACCACAACUCCUACUACAACAACUACAACCACACCUACAACUACUACCACAACUCCUACUACAACCACACCUACAACUACAACCACAACUCCUACUACAACUACAACCACACCUACAACUACUACCACAACUCCUACUACAACACCCACACCUACAACUACUACCACAACUCCUACUACAACAACUACAACCACACCUACAACUACUACCACAACUCCUACUACAACCACACCUACAACUACUACCACAACUUCAUCUACGACUACAUGCAUUCCAACUACAACCGCACCUACAACUACUACAACUACUACCACGACUCCUCCUACAACAACCACAACUACACCUACAACUACUACCACAACUCCUACUACAACCACACCUACAACUACUACCACAACUCCUACUACAACAACCACAACCACACCUACAACAACCACAACUCCUACUACAACCACACCUACAACUACUACUACAACUCCUACUACAACAACUACAACCCCACCUACAACUACUACCACAACUCCUACUACAACCACACCUACAACUACAACCAUAACUCCGACUACAACAACUAGAACCACACCUACAUCUUCUACCACAACUCCUACUACAACCAAACCGACAACUACUACCACAACUCCUACUACAACAACUACAACUACUACCACAACUCCUACUACAACUACAACCACACCUACAACUACUACCACAACUCCUACUACAACAACUACAACCACACCUACUACAACUACCACAACUCCUCCUACAACAACCACAACCACACCUACAACUACUACCACAACUCCUACUACAACCAAACCGACAACUACUACCACAACUCCUACUACAACAACUACAACUACUACCACAACUCCUACUACAACUACAACCACACCUACAACUACUACCACAACUCCUACUACAACAACUACAACCACACCUACUACAACUACCACAACUCCUCCUACAACAACCACAACGACACCUACAACUACUACCACAACUCCUACUACAACCACACCUACAACUACUACCACAACUCCUACUACAACAACCACACCUACAACUACUACCACAACUCCUACUACAACAACUACAACCACACCUACAACUACAACCACAACCACACCUACAACUACUACCACAACUCCUACUACAACCACACCUACAACUACUACCACAACUCCUCCUACAACAACUACAACCACACCUACAACUACUACCACAACUCCUACUACAACCACACCUACAACUACUACCACAACUUCUACAACCGCACCUACAACUACUACAACUACUACCACAACUACAACCACACCUACAACUACUACCACAACUCCUACUACAACAACCACACCUACAACUACUACCACGACUCCUCCUACAACAACCACAACUUCACCCACAACUACUACCACAACUCCUACUACAACCACACCUAAAACUACUACCACAACUCCUACUACAACAACCACAACCACACCUACAACAACCACAACUCCUACUACAACCACACCUACAACUACUACCACAACUCCUACUACAACAACUACAACCACACCUACAACUACUACCACAACUCCUACUACAACCAAACCGACAACUACUACCACAACUCCUACUACAACUACAACCACACCUACAACUACUACCACAACUCCUACUACAACAACUACAACCACACCUACUACUACUACCACAACUCCUACUACAACAACCACAACCACACCUACAACUACUACCACAACUCCUACUACAACCACACCUACAACUACUACCACAACUCCUACUACAACAACCACACCUACAACUACAACCACAACUCCGACUACAACAACUAGAACCACACCUACAACUACUACCACAACUCCUACUACAACUACAACACCUACAACUACUACCACAACUCCUACUACAACCACACCUACAACUACUACCACAACUCCUACUACAACAACCACACCUACAACUACAACCACAACUCCUACUACAACAACUACAACCACACCUACUACUACUACCACAACUCCUACUACAACUACAACACCUACAACUACUACCACAACUCCUACUACAACCACACCUACAACUACUACCACAACUCCUACUACAACAACCACAACCACACCUACAACAACCACAAGUCCUACUACAACCACACCUACAACUACUACCACAACUCCUACUACAACAACUACAACCACACCUACAACAACCACAAGUCCUACUACAACCACACCUACAACUACUACCACAACUCCUACUACAACAACCACAACCACACCUACAACAACCACAAGUCCUACUACAACUACACCUACAACUACUACCACAACUCCUACUACAACAACUACAACCACACCUACAACUACUACCACAACUCCUACUACAACCACACCUACAACUACAACCACAACUCCGACUACAACAACUAGAACCACACCUACAAUUACUACCACAACUUCUCCUACAACUACAACCACACCUACAACUACUACCACAACUCCUACUACAACAACUACAACAACACCGACAACUACUACCACAACUCCUACUACAACCACACCUACAACUACUACCACAACUCCUACUACAACCACACCUACAACUACUACCACAACUCCUACUACAACAACCACACCUACAACUACAACCACAACUCCUACUACAACAACUACAACCACACCUACAACUACUACCACAACUCCUCCUACAACAACUACAAUCACACCCACAGCUACUACCACAAUUCCUACUACAACUACAACCACACCUCCUACUACAACAACAACCACCCCUACUACUACUACAACCCCAACCCCACCGGAUUGCCCUGACUGGGGUGUUUCACAAAAUGAGACCUUCUUUUUGUGCAACUGCACCAUGGCCAGAUGCAUUGAGAACAACACAAUAGAAAUUGUUGAGUAUGAAUGUCCACCUCUUCAAAACAUAACUUGUACCAAUGGACAACAGCCAGUUCUUGUGUAUGACGAGUACUACUGCUGUCAAUAUUAUGCUUGUGAUUGUAUAUGUGAAGGGUGGGGAGAUCCACAUUACAUCACCUUUGAUGGACUCUACUACAGUUAUCAAGGAAACUGUACUUAUGUUUUGAUGGAAGAGAUUUCACCAAGAUAUAAUUUCAAGAUUUAUAUUGAGAAUGUCUUUUGUGAUCCAGUUGAAGAUGUUUCUUGUCCACGAUCAAUAAUAGUAUCAUACAGAUCACAUGUCAUCACAUUAAUUAAUCAUAAUCUCAAUGGAGCUGCACAGUUGGAGGCACUGCUAAAUGGAAAAAGCCUGAAACUACCUAAAUCAGAACAUGGUUUUAAGAUCAUGAAUUCAGGUCUUCAAUUGGUUUUGGAGAUUCCUCAACUACAAGUGGUUAUUACAUUUGGAAUAACUGGCUUCACUGUUAAACUUCCAUAUCAGUACUUUGGGGAAAACACACAGGGUCAUUGUGGAACAUGCAACAAUAACCAGACUGAUGACUGCCGUUUGCCUGAUGGUCAGCUGGUGAAUAGUUGUGCAGUGAUGGCUGACUAUUGGCCUGUUGAAGACCUUAACAAACCUAACUGCCCAACACCACCUGUAGCACCUACCAGUACACCUGAACCACCACUUAUCGUAGAUCCAUGCAAGCCAGAGUCCAUGUGUGACCUGCUUACAAGCAGUCUCUUUGCAGAAUGCCAUCCUUUUGUCUCUCCGGACAAUUUCUACAAAGGGUGUGCUUUUGAUAGCUGUCAUGUUUCCAACCCAGCAGUGGAGUGCACAAGUUUACAGACUUAUGCUGCAGCCUGUGCUCAGGCUGGAGUUUGCAUUUACUGGAGGAACCACACCACGCUGUGUGCCAGUGACUGCCCAUCAGACAAAGUUUACAAGCCUUGUGGUCCUGCAGAACAGCCAACCUGUGAAGACAAUCCCAGUGAACCAACUAUGAACUACACUACUGAGGGCUGCUUUUGUCCUGAUGGAAUGAAACUCUUCAACCAGGAGUCUGGAAUAUGUGUUGAAAAAUGCGGAUGUCUUGAUCCUGAGGGCAUUCCUCGAGAGUUCAAUGAAAGAUUUGAGUACAAAUGCCAGGACUGCAUCUGUGAAGAAUUCACCAAGACUGUGAUUUGCAAGCCUAAGGUGUGCCCACCACCAGUCAUAACAAACUGCACUGGUCCUGGAUUUGUCCUUGUCAAUCAAACCAGUCCGGCAGACCCCUGCUGUUCUACCUUUAUUUGCCAAUGUCAAGCUAACACUUGCCCGUUCAGCUCUAUGAACUGUCCGGUUGGAUAUACGCCAGUUGUCAGUGUUCCUGAUGGAAAAUGCUGUCCAGAACAUACAUGUGAACCAAAAAGAGUGUGUGUUCACAGAGACACUGAAUAUCAGCUUGGGUCUUCAGUUCCUGUGAUUGCAUGUCAGGACUGUACCUGUGCCAAUGAGAUUGAUCCAAAAACUGGUCUAUUAAAAAUAAUUUGUGAGUUACAACAAUGUAAAGAAAGUUGUGACAUGGGACAUGAAUAUGUGGAACCUCUUGAUGCAGAUGAGUGCUGCGGGAAGUGCGUACAGACACACUGUGUUGUCAACAUUAAUGGAAGCCAGCAACUCUUGACUCAAGGAGAAACCUGGUCACCACCCGAGAAUAAGUGUGAAUAUUACACCUGUGUUAAGAGUGGUGAGACUUUGACAGCGAUCAGUUCACACAUUGUCUGCUCAUCAUUCGAAGAGAGCAACUGCGAACCUGGCACAAUUCAAACUGCAGCAAAUGGCUGUUGUAAAAUUUGUGUGGAGAAGGACAAGGCAUGCAAGUUAAUGUCCAUGAAAACCCAUAUUAGAGUCAAGGGUUGUCAGUCUGUCCAGGAGGUAGAUAUGCCGUAUUGUGAAGGCUCCUGCAACACUCACACCAUAUACUCUGAAGCAGCAGCAGCAAUGCAACAUUCUUGCUCCUGCUGUAAGGAGAUAAACUUCAGCAAUCGCACUGUUGACUUGUUUUGUCUGAAUGGAGACAGUGUCCCCUACACAUACAUGCAUGUGGAGCAGUGUGGUUGUACCCACACAGACUGCACCACAGCUGCUGGACAUGCUCGCAAGAAGCGAAGCUUCACACUGCUGUGA